CUCUCAGCGGGCGCGUCACAAAGAGCGAUUUGCUUCCCGUCCACCACGUCGACCACAUUUGCUGAGUCGAAUUCGCCACCGCCGGCGUGAACGCGCGCAACUUUCGACGCGAGCCUAUCAGUCGCGCCCAGAACAGGGGUCGAUUAUCCCUUGAUUCACCACCGGACGCUAGUCUAUCUCUCUUUUGCGGCCCUCUUUUCCAUUUUUCAUCUUCUGCCUCUCUUCCUUCGGUUGCGCAAGAAGUCAGGCUGCUGCAUUCAAAAGCCUGCUCUUCGCCUUCGCCGUCGCGGUCGCGGUCGCUGUCGCUGUCGGCCGUCGAGCCCCGCAACCGUUCCUCUCAACCUCACAAUGGCGCCCCGGCGAUCCACCUGGAAGUCUGACCUUCACUCCACGGCCGACGCGGCAACCUCUGGUACCGGCCCUGUGAAGGCUGACGGAGCCUCCGAAAAGUCCCGCUCAAAUAUGAACCGCACCCGUUCCUCUCGCACUUUCGUCCCCAACUCCUCCGACGGCGACGAAGGUACAAUCGAAGUCAGGCCUCUCGCACAACCGCCCGCGCCAAUCAGACGUGUGCUGAAGGAGGUCGCGAUCCCGGCUAUGGGUUCACGGAGGAAGGCUGCAGCUGCUCAACAGCAGCUUUCAACUGCAAAUAUAUCCAAAGCCGAGAGCUCUGCUGGGUCGCCUUCGCUUGACAAUUCGGACUACGAGACACCUGGAACAAGUAUUUCGACGACGCCUGCCACCUCAAUUCGUCGCGGUGCUAGAUCCACCCGCAAGAGCGGCCUCAGCGACGCUGUAGCUGCAAGCCUGACUGCCUCAUCUUCUCGCAAGCGAUCUCGUGCCGCCGUCCGCGAUACCGACGACGGAGCUGAUGAUAUCGACAUGGAUGCCGAGCUAGCCGUGCAGAUGCAGAUGGAAGAGGAGGCACAAGAGCGCAAGCGACAGAAGACGGCAUACGAAGAUCUGACGGUGCUCGACUCAGAUGAGGAUGAUCUUCCUCUAGCUAGGAAGAGAGCACCAACAUACAAGGGAAAAGGCAAGGGUAAAGCUAAGGUCGAGGACGCCAUAAUCCUAGAGUCCGACGACGACGUAUACUCCGCCCCGUCUAUGGCGACGCCAGUCUACAAAGGGAAGGGCAAAGGAAAGGCUAAAGCAGAGGAUCCUCCAAGCAGCCGAGCGCGAUCUGCUCGCUCGAGGUCGAAGCUCAAGACCAUGUUCGUGGUUGACGAUGGUCUCUCUGAGGAGGACCUUGACGAUGAAGACGAAUUCAAGCUAGAAGACGACGACGAGGAUGACUUGGCCGACGAUGGUGGUGAUGUGAUCACGCUCAAGAGCGACAGUGAGGACGACGAGCCGCUCAUGUUACUCAGUAAGCGUGCUCAGGCAUCCACAAGCCGGGCAGCAAAGCCUGCGCGCGGAAAGAAGACGAAGACCUUGACGCUUCGGGAGAAGGCAGAGAGGAGGCGACGCAUUGCUAGGUUCGCCCAUAUCGAGGAUCAAUGGGAGCGAAAGCGAGCCAUGAACCGUGAGCGAGCUGAGCAAGCACACCCGAAGCUCCUCACGAUGUGGAAUGAUUUGGAGGCUAUCCCGGUUCUCGAGGUACAGAGAGCGGAGCAACCCGACUCAAUCACGCGGCGAUUGAAGCCCUUCCAGCUUGAAGGCUUGAGUUGGAUGAUUCGACAAGAGAAGACCGGCUAUAACGGCGGUCUUCUUGGCGACGAGAUGGGUAUGGGCAAGACCAUCCAGGCUGUCUCGCUCAUCAUGUCUGAUUACCCGGCGAAGGCUCCUACGCUCGUGGUUGUCCCGCCUGUCGCAUUAAUGCAGUGGUCCAACGAGAUCAAGGAAUAUACCGACGGCAAGCUGAAGGUCCUCGUGUACCAUGGGACCAACGCCAAGUGCAAGAAAAUGACCGUCAAGGAUCUCAAGAAGUUCGACGUCAUCAUGGUCUCGUACAACAGCCUGGAAUCGCUGCACCGCAAAGAGACCAAGGGAUGGAAUCGCGGUGAGGAUAUCAUCAAAGAGGCGUCGCCGCUUCACGCCAUUCACUACCAUCGCCUCAUUCUUGAUGAGGCGCAUAGCAUCAAGUCUCGAACCACUGGAGUAGCGAAGGCUUGCUUCGCAUUGAAGGGUACUUACAAAUGGUGCUUGUCAGGUACGCCGGUACAGAACCGUAUCGGAGAGUUUUUCUCUCUUCUGCGUUUCCUCGAGGUUCGGCCGUUCGCGGAUUACUUCUGCAGGAGCUGCGGCUGUGAGCAGCUGCACUGGACCGUCGAUGAAGACCACAUGUGCAAAGCAUGCGAUCACGGCGCGUCCGAGCACAUUUCGGUCUUCAAUCAGGAGUUGCUGAACCCCAUUACGGGCGACGACCCCGAGCUUCGUGAAGAGGCACUGACGAAAUUGCAUAUGAUCACUGCUCGUAUUAUGUUGCGUCGCAUGAAGCGCGAUCACACCAACUCAAUGGAACUACCCAUGAAAGAUAUCGUGAUCCACAACGAGUUCUUCAGCGAUAUCGAGCGGGACUUUUCAUCUUCCAUCAUGACGAAUUCGUCUCGCAAGUUCGAUACGUACGUUGCGCAGGGUGUCAUGCUGAACAAUUACGCCAAUAUCUUCGGUCUCAUCAUGCAGAUGCGCCAGGUCGCCAACCAUCCUGAUCUCCUGUUAAAGAAGACCGCAGUGGAGGGCAGCCAAAAUGUCUACGUGUGCAACAUCUGCGACGAACCAGCUGAGGACGCGGUGCGUUCUCGCUGUCACCAUGAGUUUUGCCGGGCUUGUGUCAAGGACUUCAUGGAGACAUGCGAGGCUUCGGGGACGGACGCUGAUUGUCCACGCUGCCACAUUGCUCUCUCAAUCGAUUUUGAACAACCCGAGCUUGAGCAAGACGAAGAGUCAGUCAAGAAGACUUCCAUCAUCAACCGCAUCAAAAUGGAGAACUGGACUUCCUCGACCAAGAUUGAGAUGCUAGUUUACGAUCUCUACAAGCUGCGAAGCAAAAAGCAGACGCUUAAAUCGAUCGUUUUCAGCCAGUUCACGUCGAUGCUGCAGCUCAUUGAGUGGCGUCUUCGUCGCGCAGGCUUCAACACGGUCAUGCUCGACGGUAGCAUGACCCCUGCGAUGCGGCAGAAGAGCAUCGAGCAUUUCAUGACUAACCCUGAUGUCGAGGUCUUCCUCGUCUCUCUCAAGGCUGGUGGUGUCGCUUUGAACUUGACUGAGGCUUCCAGAGUCUUCAUCGUCGAUCCAUGGUGGAACCCAGCAGCCGAGUGGCAGUCUGCCGACAGGUGCCACCGUAUCGGCCAGAAGCGUCCUUGUGUCAUUACCCGCCUCUGCAUUGAGGACAGUGUGGAAUCUCGCAUGGUCGCGCUGCAGGAGAAGAAGGCGGCUAUGAUCGCGGGUACAGUCAACAACGACAAGGUCGCUAUGGACCGCCUGAGCCCCGAGGACCUACAGUUCCUCUUCCGUGGUACUUGACUGGGCGUGGAUGCCUCCAAAGCAGAAUAGAGUACUGGUAGUGUAUGUUUAUGGAGUGUAUUGGUCUAGCCGGCGCGUAUGGUUCAGCUUAGGGCGUACGGGCUCAUGCAUAGGCUCUUCAAAGAGGGUGGGUGGGACGACCCUUGGUAUUCGUGGGAGGAUGCGCAUGUGGUAGUACGGAGAUAGGUGCUCCAGUUGUAGACCUAACGCAUUGCAUCU